AUGUAUGUUUGCCUUGGACCUUUGUUUCUGUACCAAUCGAUCGAAUCGAACUUCCAUUCCAGAUUUAUUCAUGGUCAAAUUAUGGAAGAAUCAAAUAAUAUUGAUGAAGACGUACAUUUAUCGUUGUUGUAAGAUUAUAUGUUGGAGGAAACACUUAGGUAAACUAUAUUUGCUUGAAUUCAUUUGCUAUGCGGCUGAAUUUUAUGCUGAAGUAUUGAAUGCCCACAAAGUGUUUGCUAUAAUGCCUCAUUGAGAAUACUUGAGUUCAUCAGCAGGUUCUAUAUGGAUUCCACUUCUGUUGAAGUACCCGUUAUUGCUACCAUAUGCUGAAGACGGUUACAGAAUAGAUAUACCACACAGAGAGGUUCAGGAGGAUGGUACAUCCGUCACUACCAGAUCACGAGUGACUAUGCGUCAAUUGUUGCAUACAAGAUUCAGGAAAGAGAGGAAGGAUUUUCACUAUUACUCAAUUCAGGAAAACUGUAUCAGCAGUAUUUAGUCGAUACUUAUACAAUGAUUGAGGCAGAGAGAAUGUCAUACUUUCGAAAUCAUCAAAAGAAAUUUAGAAGUGCUCCUUUGUCUGCUGUAAAACAGGCGGUUAAUGCUGGAACUACAGAUAGCUCCUCUGUUGGAAAACGCACGGUCUUACCUUCGUCUUUUACAGGGGGGCAGAGACACAUGGUUCAAAAUUACCUUGAUGCAAUGGCAUUGGUCAAGGCAUUUGGAUAUCCGAAUCUUUUCUUAACAUUCACGUGUAGCCCAAAAUGGCCUGAAAUCCGUAGGAAGCUCAAAAGGUCUGUUAGUUUAAAACCUAAAGACAAGCCAACUACUAUAUCAAGGAUGUUCAAAAUUAAACUUGAUCAGUUCAUUAAAGACAUCACAAAAGAAAAGAUUUUUGGGGAAACUAUAGCAAUUGUUUACACUGUUGAAUUUCAAAAGAGAGGUCUUCCACACAGUCAUAUUUGUGUUUUCUUGGACCAACAAUACAAAUUGUCAACUCCAGAACAUAUUGAUAGGGUUAUAUCUGCAUAGCUUCCGGAUGAGAAGGCUGAUCCUAAGUUGUACAAGCUUGUGACGGAGUUCAUGAUGCAUGGUCCAUGUGGUAAAGCGAACACAGAUGCCCCAUGCACUGUAAAAGGCAUUUGUACGAAACACUUCCCAAAGGAUUACAAUGAUCAAACCAGAAUCGAUGAUGAUGGUUAUCCCAUAUAUAAAAGGCGCAAGGAUGGAAGAGUAUAUUACAAAGGUAAGAUUCCCUUGGACAAUAGAUUUGUUGUGGGUUACAAUUCUUUCCUCUUGAAAAGAUAUGAGGCCCAUAUCAACGUCGAGUGGUGUAACCAAGUAGGUUCUAUAAAUUUAAGUACAUCAAUAAGGGUAAGGAUAGAGCUACACUUGGUAUUAGUAAAGGUGAUGUUGAUGAAAUAAGCCUUUUCUAUGAUUGUCGCCACAUUUCAUCAUGUGAGGCUGUAUGGAGGAUUUUUGCCUUCGAUAUUCAUUAUCGAAAGCCGGCUGUAAUGAGACUUCCCUAUCAUUGUGAGGGAGAACAGAGUGUUACAUGGGAUGAAGAUGUUUGCCUUGAAGAUGUGCCAAACAAACCAUCUGUUAAUGCAUCUAUCUUCCUCGGUUGGUUUGAAUGCAAUAAAAAUUACCCGGAGGCACGUGAAAAGUCCUAUGUUGAGAUGCCAGAAUCCUUUGUGUGGAAUGGUGAGUUAAAUAAAUGGACACCGAGGAAAGGGCCUCCGAGUGUUGGCCGACUUCAUCAUUGUUCUCCAGCUGCAGGUCCUCUUUAUUAUCUUCGCAUUCUUUUGAACAAGGUAAAGGGACCAAAAUCUUAUGAGGAUAUUAAAAGGGUCAAUGGCAGGGUGCACGGAACCUACAAAGAUGCUUGCUUUGCUCUUGGUUUACUAGAUGACGACAGAGAGUACAUUGAAGCAAUCAAAGAAGCAAAUGAGUAUGCUUUAGGGGGUUAUCUUAGAACUUUGUUUGCCACAAUGAUUAUCACUGAUAGUCUCGCCGAGCCUCAUAAAGUUUGGAAUGAAACUAAAGAACUGCUUACAGAAGGAAUUCUUCACAAGGCACGUUUAAUCCAUAAUUGGCCUGACAUGGUGCUUGAUGCUGAUCAACUGCUUAACUUAGCUCUCAAGGAGAUUGAAAAUAUAUUGCAAAGCAAUGAGACGACACCAAGAAACUACGAACACACGCCUUUCCCCAUUGACGCUGAGUUGUUUGACGGUUCUACAAACAGACUUAUCCAAGAUGAAUUGAUGUAUAGUAGAUCUGUAAUGACGGCAGAGCAUGACCGGCUUUGUAAAUCUUUAACAGCCGAACAAAAAGAAGUGUACGAUACCAUCCUGAAUGCUGUCCAUGCAAAAAAGGGUGGUGUAUUUUUUCUUUAUGGAUAUGGAGGAACCGGGAAGACCUUUCUUUGGAAAACUUUAUCAGCCGCAUUACGGUCUAAAGGAAAAAUUGUCCUCAAUGUUGCUUCCAGUGGUAUCGCUUCUCUCUUGCUCAAUGGUGGUAGGACUGCUCAUUCAAGGUUUGCAAUUCCAAUUAACAUCAAUGAAGAUUCCGUUUGUCACAUUUUGCCCGGUAGUUGGUUGGCUGAUUUGGUAACGCAAACAAGCCUAAUUAUUUGGGACGAAGCUCCUAUGAUCCAUAGGCAUUCUUUCGAGUCUCUUGAUAGAACCUUUAGAGACAUACUUAAAAACAACAUGCCAUUUGGUGGAAAGGUGAUUUUUUUCGGUGGUGAUUUUUGUCAGAUUCUUCCUGUUGUGCCUGGUGGUUCGAGGAGUGAGAUUGUAAAUGUGUCACUCAUAUCUUCAUAUAUAUGGCAGUAUUGUACAGUACUCAAGCUUACUGUUAACAUCAGACUACAACAGGGGUCAAACCGAACACAGCAAGAAGAAAUCAAAGAGUUUGCCGAUUGGAUACUUAAAGUUGGUAAUGGUCGUCUUUGCGGACCGAAUGACGGUGAGGCUGAUAUACCCAUACUAGAGGACCUUCUUAUAAGUGACAUUAUCAAGUGCGUGUAUCCAGAUUACAUUGCUCGAUUAUAUGAGAAGAACUACUUUGAAGACAGAGCAAUACUUGCGCCGACACAUGAUACCGUCAACCUCAUUAAUGAUAGGAUGUUGAAUACUCUUCCUGGUGCCGAAAGGGUUUACCUAAGUUCUGAUACUAUUUGUCAAUCUGAUUUAAAUCCCAAUGAGAGCCCAGACUUAUACUCCCCAGACUUUUUAAACCGAAUAAAAAUUUCUGGUCUUCCAAAUCAUAAAUUAACUUUGAGAGAGGGUGCACCUGUCAUGUUACUUAGAAAUGUGGAUCAACAACAAGGUCUUUGUAAUGGUACUCGAUUGCAGGUCAAACGGCUCUGUGAACAUGUUAUUGAGGCGACUGUUAUUUCUGGAAGUCAUGUUGGCCUUAUCACCUAUAUUCCCCGUAUGAAAUUGACAAGUUCUGAUAAGAAAAUGCCUUUUCAAUUUCAACGACGACAGUUUCCUCUUUCAGUUUGUUUUGCAAUGACUACUAACAAAAGUUAAGGACAAUCGUUGGGGAUGGUUGGCCUCUAUUUGCCCAAACCGGUUUUCACGCAUGGGCAGCUUUACGUCGCACUGUCUAGGGUCAAAAGUAGACAAGGUUUGAAGGUGCUUAUAUGUGAUGAAGAAGGUCAUCCUAUGAACCAUACCACAAACGUUGUCUACAAAGAAGUUCUUCAGGGUCUUUGACAACUUUAUUUGUUAGAAAUAUUAUUUGUUUUUCAUUUUAGGUCUUUUUAUGUUUGGAUUUUAUGCAAUCUAUUUUAUCAUCAUUUCACUAUAUAGUUUUUGUGUUCUAUAAAGUUUGGUUUAUGUCUAGAAACUUA